AUGGAAAGUGAGGAGAGUUUUUUAGUCUUAGUACAUUGCUCUGGAAAAAUAAAAAAGAGUAAAAGUCACGGUGUAAAGUUUAUCGAUAGAGAACCAUUGAAUGUCUUUAUCCGGUCAUCUAAUACGCUGUUAGAUCUGAAAACCAGUAUAUUGCAAAAGUUGGGAGUGUGCGGGACAAAGUGGGUGAAGAAGCUGUUUUACAAGAUUCCUAUUGCGGUUGUGUUGACUAGCAUGAAAUAUGAAACAUUCGUGAUAGGGUCCGAUGAAGAUAUGCAGGUGUUGUUUCAUUGUCGGCGGAGUUUUCUGGAAGUGAGGAUACACGAGUUAUUUGCGAAGUUGGAACAUGUCAUCGAUAGUUCUAGGACAUCGGCGCCGAAUCCUCAGUCAACUACGAUGGAGGGUGCUUCUAUCUCGAUGCCUGUCAUUGCACCUGAUUAUUUGUUGGCUAAUCAUCCAUCUAGUGCAGUUGGGGUAGUUACGUUAGCCUGUCCGAUUCCAGACGUUGGACGUGAGGGUGAACCGGAUCGGGUUGAAAAUGCGAUGCGAGAGGAUGAUUCGGAUGAACAACCUGCUGACAUUGGUGGGACAAUGAUGAUGAUAUUUCGACAAACCUAUAAGGAGGAAGCUGUUCUGAGUAUAAAGGAUUACAGCAUUCGCCGUGGUGUUGAGUACAGGGUGAUAGAGUCGGAUCAUCUUAAGUAUCAUGGGAGGUGCAAGGAGUUCGGUAAAGGUUGCACGUGGAUGAUUCGCAUCACACUUCGGCAGCAAAAGAGUACCUGGGAGGUUCGACGGUACAACGGACCAUACACUUGCUUGGCUACAUCGAUAUCAAGUGACCAUCGACAGCUUGAUUAUCAUGUCAUUUGUGCGAAGAUCUUUCCUCUGGUUCGAGCCAAUGCGGCGAUCUCGAUAAAGGUAUUGCAAGAAGCUACUGAAGCAACGUAUGGGUUCAGGCCUAGUUACAGGAAGGCCUAG